CUCGGAUCCCAGUGCUUUUCAGCAUGCCCAGGGUUUUCAUGCUGCUGGGCCUGUUCUACACUGGCCUCCUGCCCUUUGUGCCCCUGAAGGAGCAGUUCCUAGAGAUCCCCAUGCCCUCCAUCAUUUCUAAUCUUCUGAAGGAUCCUGAUAACAUGACCAGGAGCAGGCGUGUCAUUGUCUGGCUGGCCGACACCCUGCUUAUGAGAAGAGCCCUGUUCAAUCACCUGACAGCAAGGGGAAUACAAGUGUAUGUUUGGGUGUUGAAUGAUGAGAAGGAGUUCAAGAGAGCUUUUGACCUGGGAGGCACAGGGGUCAUGACAGACUACCCCACGAAGCUAAGAGACUUCUUGGAGAAGAUUGGCACUUCAAAAUGAGCAGUAGGCCAUUUGACCUGACAAAAUACACUCCCUCUCCAAUGCCACUAAAGCCAACAGACCUGCUGAAAUAACCCUAAGCCUCAGUCCUCCACACGUCUGCAUGCAUUCCAGAUGUUGGGUAUUCGGGGAUGAUGUUGGCUGGUUGAUGCGCUGUUCCACCAAUGAUGAUGACCACUCAAGAGUCCCCCUUUGCUUAUCAUUGUAUGUAGAUGUAUCACUUAUUGAACAUCAGCACAGGCAGCUACGGUUUCUUUGGUCUAUGUCCUACACUUCAUUAUAAUUAACAAUUGCUUUUUACAUGACUUGUGUUUUACAUUAACAUGGCCAGCUAAGAUGUUGAAGUGAUACUCCAGAGAUGUUGUGUGAAUUAUAUGAAUGUUUACAUUUCUUUUGAAAGUAGGCUAAUUGCCAGAUGCUAAUACAUAUUGACUUAUUUGGGUUGCAUUGUUUUGCUUCCAAAGUGGAAUAGAUCAAAUAGAUGCCUUUUAACUGUUUAAGGCAGACAUUUUGUCGGAAUUUUUUAAUUUUAGUUGAUUCCAAACAUGAUAUUUGGAUAAUAACAUUAGCCUAUCAAAAAGCCUAUUAUUUCUCUGUUUUCAUUUCAGCAAGAUUGCUAGUGGAUGAGCUCCGGCCAUUCUCUUUAAGGUUGAUUUGAUAUAUGAUAUCUUGUUUUUUAAUGAAUUGGAGGACUUUAGAAGCUGUAUUCAGUAGACUGCAGGAGGGUUCUUCUGGGGCUCAGAAAAAUUGUGAAGUUUUGUUGUAAUUGUCAUGAAAAUAAUCCAAAGUAAUAUGUUUCUUAUAUAGUUUUUAAUCCCGAACACUGCAGAUAAUCCAAACAUUUUGUCAAAUCCUACUAACUCCAUUACUAAAGGUGUUAAGUUAUUUUUAGAACGUUUGUUGGAUUUUGUUUUAGUAGCAAAGUGGCUACUGUCUUUUUCUGAUUUAUUUUUCACCUAUUGUAUGUAGAAUCAAGUUUUGUUAAUUUUGUACCUUUUCUAUGUUUAAAUAUUGAUUCUGAAAUGGUAUUGAAAUAUAAAAUGUAUUUGUUUGGUUUUGCUGUAAAUACCUUUCUGGAAAGAAAGGCAUACAUUGGUGUAGACAAUGCUUAGUAACUACUUGACUUGAAACCAUGAACCCAUUGAAAAGGUAACAGGCGUUUAUUUACUUGGAAAGAUAUUUCCACUAGACAGACCGUCAUGGAAAACGUAUGGCAAUGCCUUACUCUUACUGGCCUUCAAAGUGUUGGAAUGAUUGCGAGCUAAACUAGGGGCUGCCGCCUCUGAUGGUGAUGGUGUGCAAUCUGUAUGUUAAUUGUGUAAUUGUUUGAUAACUGUUCAGGUGUUGUUGAGGGUGUUAUUUUUUUUGCGUAGGGUUUGACAAUUUCUGGGGUAGGUGUAACUAUUCCCGGCUGUACACAUAGAUAUUUAAUACUGGCAGAUUCUACUUUUGCAGCUCACAGUGAAUACUUUGGUUAUUAACCAGUGUUUUCAAGCCCUGAAUGCUGAUUGAUUGGCUGAAUGCUUUUGUAGCAGUGGGCUGUUUACUGUGGGUAUGACAAAAAAGGCUUUUGACUUUGAUUACAUUGGUAACCAUUUUAUGGUUGUUAUAAUAUGAGUAAGGUAUGUCUGGAGUUCCACGCUUACUUUUGUGCCUUAUUGAUUAUGAAAUAGAUCUGCACAGCCGAUGUCUGACUGUGAUAACCACAUAGAACAACACAACAUAGAAUAAAAAUACAAAAUAAAUAUUUAUUAUGGAGGCCAAGCAUGAUCCUUCCACCCACCGCGGGCCCUGGUGCAGCCUCACCCGCUACUUCCCCCCCUGAUAGCUAUGGCUGUGGUUUGGGGUCAGUGUUCGUAUGGAAGAAAUGUUUGUACUUUAGGAGCCUGUCUCCGUAUACAGAUAGAGGUGGUACCAUGUAAGGACAUUUUAGAAGGGAAUGAUACUCAUGAAAAACGUACAUGUUAGAGCAUGCUUGCUCUAAAAUUACGUUCAUGCUGUUAGGGAUUUUUGUUUUGUUAAUGUUACCUCCUUUCAGUGAAACCACUUUUGUUUGGUUGUCAUAUCUAUUGAAAACACUUAUGUUCGUGUGAUGAGAUUGUAUGAAAUGCAAUGCAAUAACUUUUUGUGACUUGG